AUGGAUUACACACGGAGCCAGGUGCUGAACCCUGUGCGUGUGCAGGCUCUGGAGACUUGGGUGAAACAAACCAACAUCCAGCUGAAACAGGUGAACGGUCAGCGGCGGUAUGGAGGGCCACCUGAGGGCUGGGAGGGCCCCAUGCCUGGUGCUCGCUGUGAAGUGUUCAUCAGCCAAAUUCCUCGAGACACAUAUGAGGACCUGCUCAUCCCUCUGUUCAGCUCAGUGGGACCACUGUGGGAGUUCCGCCUCAUGAUGAACUUUAGCGGACAGAACCGUGGAUUUGCUUAUGCAAAGUAUGGAUCUGCAGCUGUAGCCUCCGAGGCCAUCCGCACCCUGAAUGGGCACAUGCUGGAGCCAGGAUACUGCCUGUCCGUCAGACGCAGCACUGAGAAGAGGCAGCUGUGCAUCGGAGGUCUGCCCCUGGUCACUCAGCAAGAGCAGCUUCUGCAGGUGCUCCGGAAACUUGUGGAAGGUGUGGAGAGAGUCUCUCUGAAAGCUGGGCCUGGUAUUGAAGGUGUGUCUGCCAUUGUGGUUUUCACCUCGCAUCAUGCCGCCUCAAUGGCCAAAAAAGUGAUAGUAGAAGCUUUCAAGAAGCAUUUUGCUCUGUCUGUUUCCAUCAAGUGGCAGUCAUCAGGAAAGCCAGGUCCAGAAGAGCACAUGCCUGCUCAAAAGGCCUUCUUACCCUCUCCCACAAAGCCUCGUCGUCUGCUGGCCCCGCCGCGGCACACUUUGCCCCCGUUCUUGCGGACGUCCUCCAUCCCCCCAGGCUUCUGCCGGACAGUCGGGGGUCCAGCUGCCCAGCUGCAGAUCCCACUGCCCCCAGGGUUCUUCUCUCUGCCCCCUCUCCCACUCUCAGACCACCCGCCUCACUACUUCUGA